CUAUCUUCCUCAUUGCUACCGAAUCUCCUUCCUCACCAAAGCCAUGGCCGUCGUUGAUCUUCAUCAUCUUCUCUCCUUCAUUGCUGCCGAACCCCUUCCUUACCAAAGCCAUGACCCUAUCUUCCUCAUUGCUGUCGAAUCUCCUUCCACUCCGGCCAUAGUAAUAGGCUUCGUCGGAGUACCGGUUUCCUCAUCCGGAUUCCAUUCAAAUCUAGGAAUAUGAAAACUGCUUCGUCCUCUCCGUCACGCUCUUUCCCCCUCCUCUUACUCACUUUAUGUACUUAUUUUGUCUCUCUUUAUUCCACUUUUUCAUCAGUACUAGGCGAUGCUGGGUCCUGUUUUGCGUCUUUGAUAAUCGAAAACGAAGCUACCUCCAAACCAUUGUACUGGAAAGUUACCAACCCCACUCUAUCGCCUUCUCAUCUCCAAGAUUUGCCUAGUUUCACUCGAAGUGUUUACGAAAGGGACCACGCAAUAAUUACACCAAAGAGUCAUGUAUUCAGUCCUCUGCCUGAAUGGACUAAAACACUGGAAGCAUAUUUAAUCACACCGGAAAUGGGCGCACACUUCGUGAUGUACCUGGGCAAAAUGCAAGAUUUCGAUUGCAAGGACUCGUAAUGGCCUAUAUUCUCUGUUGCAGCAGUGACAACGCGAUAUUGAAUUUAGAGAGUCUGCAAAUGAACAACGACAAAGGAAGAGGGAGUAGAUAUAACUGCAAAUUCACUUCAUCCAGGAUUAGUUGUCACCAAUAUUGCCCGUCAUUAUUUGGGCAUCUUUAAUGGCCUUUUUCUCAAGAUUGGUAAAUUUGUAUUGAAGAGUUGGGAACCCUCUUGAAUUCUUCAAACCCUAGCAUUCUGCAGCUCUCAUGAACUCUCAACCUCCUUUCCUCUUUUACCAUUUGGUGACAAGGAGGGAAAUGGCAAGAUGAACUUAGUUCUCCACUAAGUUGGAAGAUAAUCCAUUUGAAGUGCGAACAACUCUUGGUGGAAUGUAACUUUUUUCAAGUGUUCUUGGCAAUUACAUGCCAAUAGACAUGUAUACACUAC